GGGGCCUGACUUCUCACGUAUGCGGGUGUGCCGGGUGGGACGUGAGGUCUGCAUACAUAAAAUCGAGUCCAGGGAAGCCCCUGGCGCUCAAGCCAGUGAUGUACGCACACGCUGUCCUGCUGUAGAACGACUCCCGCUGGAGCCUGCUGUGCCGGGAGCAGGGGACCUGGGUCCUAGCUGGACUCAGAGGCUUCUCCGGGGGCUGCCUCCGUCCCCGAGCCUUCUCCCCGCGGCAGGCCCAUGGCCCGUGGAUCAGCCGUGUGACCCGGGAAGCCUACCUGGGGGACCAGCUAGCCUGGGACCGGGGUCCCGGGGCGAGGACACUGAGCCACAGACUUGCCCCCCACAGUCAGAGCACACCAGGGGAGGGCUCCAGAGCCCCCGGGCUGCGCUAGGCGGCCUUCUCCUGUCCCUAGCCUGUGGCCUGCGGCCAGAGGCUGCUCCAGCUAGGGCGCUGUGGCCCUGGCUGGCAGAGGUACAUGUGGCUGGUGACAGAGUCUGCACUAGGAUCCUUGUGGCCCCAGGAUGGGUCCUGGCAGCCACGCACGGUAUCCUCAGACCGGGCUCUACCACAGUGCCUUACGUUGAAGUCUACUUGGGCAGGCCAGGGGCCAGCCCGGUCCCGCAGAGCCACCAGCGAUUCCGGUUGGUCACCAGCAUCUGCCUGUCCCGGCACCUGGGACUGGGCCCCCCGGCCCUCCUGGAGCUGAGCUCCGGUCUGGAGCCCUAGCCACCAGCGCUCCUCAUUUGCUUGCACCCAGGGGGUGUUCCCCCAGGGGCCAGCUGCUGGGUGCUGCGCUGGAAAGACCCUCAGAACCGAGGUGAGAGCCCGGAGUCCUGAGGAUGAGGAGUAAGGAACUCCGAGUGUGGGCGACCAUCUUCCCUCUCUCUAGUCCCUGUAGCUGCUCCUGUCUCCAGCUUGACCCCACGACUGUGUCGCUGCCUGCAUCGAGGCAGCCUGCCUCCCAAGACCCUCUGCGUCCUCUAUGCAGAGGGACAAGAGGACAGGUAUGAGGUACAGGCACCUGGGUGUCCUGCCUGGGGGGAGAAGCAGUGCUGGGCAGCAGGAUCCCGCAGAGACCGGGGCUGGGAUCCCUGGGCGUUGGGCUCCAAGUGGGAAGUAGCAGUAUCUCCUGGCUGGCUGGGCCUGGGAGAGACUGGAGCGAGGCCGCCUUUGGAGGAGACAGCAGGGUCUGGGGAAGGAGAAGGAAGGGCAGGGAAGGAGCCAGGCCAACACUGCUGGCUCUUGGCUCCAACUCUGCAGGUGGCCUCAGCCCCCCUCCUGUGCUGCCCUGAGAGGGCUCCUGAGUCCCCACGGCCUAAGACCUCCGAGGGAGCCAGGGCUGCUCACAGCCAUGGGCCCUGAAGAGGCCUGGGUCUCCCAAACAGUGGGGGAGGCCCGCCUCCUGCCCCUAGCGCCACACCCUCCUGGCCCGUGAGGGCAGUGACCUGUGCCCCCAGAGCUGGCAGGCACCUCAGGCACCCCAAGCUGCUGCUCUGUUUGUCCUGUUACUGCUUCCCCUGACCCAGGGCUAGUGUGCCGCCGGGGGGGGGGGGGCGCCCGGCGCUGAGACAGCAGGGCAGGAAUGUGGCCGGACCAGCUGGCUCCAGGCCUGUGGAGCGUCCCAUCCACCUAGUGCCUCUCCUAGACUGCAGUGCUUCCAGUGACUGGGCCUCCGUGCGGGCUAUUUUGGGCCCAGGAAUCCUUGGGGGUGGCGAAGCAGACAAUAAAGGUGUAAACACAGA